AACUUCCUCAAUCCAGCAGCAUAAAAGCGCAGCGGCCGCGGCUCCCGCAGGCCCCGUCCCGGCGCUCCCACCGACGGCUCCGUGCUGGGUGUUCAGCUGGUCCCCAGGAUGUGGUGGCCCGUGCUGCUGGCCCUGCUGGUCCCUGCGGCGCUGGCCCAGUUGCAGCCGGAGCGGGAACUGGACACGCAGUGGGAGCUGUGGAAGAAAACCCACCGCAAGCAGUACAACGGGCAGGCGGACGAGGUGAGGCGGAGGCUGAUUUGGGAGAAGAACCUCAAAUACAUCAACACCCACAACCUGGAGCACGCCCUGGGCGUGCACACCUUCGAGCUGGCCAUGAACCACCUGGGUGACAUGACCAGCGAGGAGGUGGUGAGGACAAUGACAGGGCUGAAGGUGCCCCGCGGUCACCGACGCCACAACGAGACGCUCUUUGUCCCCGACUGGACCGAGAGAGCCCCGGCUGCCAUGGACUGGCGCAAGAGCUACGUGACCCCUGUGAAGAACCAGGGCCAGUGUGGCUCGUGCUGGGCUUUCAGCUCGGUGGGUGCCCUGGAGGGGCAGCUGAAGAGGAAAACGGGCAAACUGCUGUCGCUCAGCCCCCAAAACCUGGUGGACUGCGUGGCCAACAACGACGGCUGCGGGGGCGGGUACAUGACCAACGCCUUCGAGUACGUCCGGCAGAACCGCGGCAUCGACUCCGAGGACUCCUAUCCCUACAUCGGCCAGGACGAGAGCUGCAUGUACAGCCCCACCGGGAAGGCGGCCAAGUGCCGCGGCUACCGUGAGAUUCCCGAGGGGAAUGAGAAGGCUUUGAAGAGGGCGGUGGCCCGGAUUGGUCCCGUCUCCGUGGGCAUCGACGCCAGCCUGCCCUCCUUCCAGUUCUACAGCCGGGGUGUGUACUACGACGAGAGCUGCAACGCCGAGAACAUCAACCACGCCGUGCUGGCCGUGGGCUACGGGGCACAGAAGGGCACCAAGCACUGGAUCAUCAAGAACAGCUGGGGCGAGGAAUGGGGCAACAAGGGCUACGUCCUCCUCGCCCGCAACAUGAACAACGCCUGCGGCGUGGCCAACCUGGCCAGCUUCCCCAAGAUGUGACGAGCCCGCCCGGCCCUUCCCUUCCCUACCCACUUCCCUGCCCUCCAGCUCAGCCUCUUCCCUCCCAGUCUCAGAGGUGACGGUGCUCCCGGAGGGAAUUCUUCAUGGCCCUGGGAAGGGGAGAGACGCCCCCCGUUCCACCUGAGGGAAUGGGGGAUGAGCUCCCCUCAGCUCUGCUUUCCUCACUUCGCCCUCCCAUGGACUGUGCUUGGCCGGAUCCAUGACAGCCAAUCCGUUCCACACCAACCUCUGCCUCCAGGAAUCCCGGGGUGGAGGGGGAAUAUUCCCAACGGAGAGUGUGGAUCCCUCUCCAUCCGCCCUGUAGCCCAGUGGAGGCUGCUGAGAAGGAUAUGACUUUAUUUUUCAACUAAAAUUGGGACUGAA